UUCUAGGCAAAAUGACAAGUUUUAGGAAAUGGCUUUUAGGGGAAGUAACACAGCAGCACCUUAAAAGAGAAGAGCCUGAAAAUCACAGCAGAGCCCGGGAAUAAUGAAGAAGAGGGCGUCAGAUUAAAUCACAGCAUGCAUCUGAGGACAUGGCAUCCACAUUUUUUGAUGUGCUGUGUUUAUAUCCAGAAAAAAACUCAGAGAAGCUGACACAUGCGUGCACACAGAGCCCAUCUUUGUUGUGUUUCCCUGAAUGCUGUGUCUGCGGGGAAAAAAGGGGUAAACCAAAGACAGAGAAAGCAAGCGGCACUUCCAGUUUAUGAGUGACAUUUAAAGCAGAGGAGGAAAAUUAAGUGAUUUGUGUUCUUAUUCUUGUAGUAAUGGACCAGCCUCUGCUGGGCCGAGUGUCAGCCCGGGGCUGCUGCUCCUACGGCACCCUGAAGGCCUGGCUGCCGAUCCUCUCCUGGCUCCCCAGGUACAACCUGAAGUGGCUGAAGAUGGACCUGCUCGCAGGCCUCACUGUUGGGCUGACGACUGUACCGCAGGCGCUGGCUUAUGCUGAAGUCGCCGGCCUUCCUGUGCAGUACGGACUCUACUCUGCCUUUAUGGGGGGGUUCAUCUACACACUCCUGGGGACCUCUAAGGACGUGACACUUGGUCCCACGGCCAUCAUGUCCCUCCUGUGUUUCUCCGUGGUGGGGGGGCAGCCACACCGAGCUGUGCUGCUGAGCCUCCUCUGUGGACUCAUCCAGGCUUUAAUGGCAUUACUGAGAUUAGGUUUCCUGCUGGACUUCAUCUCUUUCCCUGUCAUAAAAGGCUUCACUUGUGCUGCUGCAGUAACCAUUGGCUUUGGCCAGGUCAAGAAUAUUCUGGGACUCCAAGGCGUUCCUCACGAGUUCUUCCUGGAGGUUUACUACACUUUCUAUAAGAUCCCAGAGGCCAGGAUAGGUGAUGUGGUGCUGGGUGUGCUUUGCCUCUCUCUGCUGAUCAUGUUGCUGUUCAUGAAGACGAGUCUGGGCUCUGACGACGAAGACAGUGAUGAUGAUGAUGCAUCUGCCUGCUCAAAAUUCUCCAGGAAACUAGUUUGGACUAUUGCCACUAUGCGUAACGCUCUGGUGGUCGUGGCUGCAUCUGUGAUAGCAUUUUCCUGGAACGCUUACGGUCAUCCCGUGUUUACAGUCACUGGGGAAACGACCGAGGGGCUCCCACCAUUCAGGCCUCCACCCACCUCUGACACCACAGCCAACGGCACCAUCGUCUCCUUUGGAGAGAUAGUUGAGGGCUUUGGAGGAGGGCUUGCUGUGAUUCCCUUCAUGGGUUUGCUGGAGAGCAUUGCUAUCGCUAAAGCUUUUGCCAGUCAAAACGAUUACAGAAUUGAUGCCAACCAGGAGCUGCUGGCCAUCGGUGUGACCAACAUUAUGGGCUCCUUUGUGUCAGCCUACCCUGUCACUGGCAGCUUUGGGAGGACAGCAGUGAACUCCCAGACUGGUGUUUGCACUCCAGCUGGAGGAAUCGUCACCAGUGUGAUAGUGUUGCUCUCCCUGGCGUUUCUCAUGCCGGCCUUCUACUACAUCCCCAAAGCGUCUCUAGCUGCUGUUAUUAUCUGUGCGGUAGCUCCCAUGGUGGAUUAUCGUGUCGUGGCUAAGAUGUGGAGGAUACGCAAGUUGGACCUGCUGCCUUUUGUUGUGACGUUCCUGAUGAGUUUCUGGCAGGUGCAGUACGGCAUCAUCGGAGGUGUGGCUGUAUCUGGAGCCCUGCUGCUGUACAACGCUGCAAGACCUCAGAUAAAGGUGACUGAUCACGGUGCAUUGGUGAUGGAGUUGGGCAGUGGACUCAGCUUUCCUGCCACAGAGUACCUCAGCCACAUCAUACACACUCAGGCUCUGCAGGCGAGUCCUCCUAGGUCAGUGGUCCUGGAUUGCCAUCAUGUCAGCACCAUAGAUUACACAGUGAUCAGCGAGCUCAGGGACCUGCUGAGGCAGUUUAAACUACGAGAAGUGCUGCUGGUCUUUUCCAGACUGCAGCCCUCUGUUCUGGAGGUCCUCCUAGCAGCCGACCUGCAGGGCUUCAGGUAUACAAACAGUGUGGAGGUGGCGCUGCAGAUGGAGGCAGAGAGCCUCCUCCGUGACUAACACUAACACCACCCAACCACAGACUGGAGAGGAGAUGUUUGAUGCUCGCCAUCACUGAUUAAUGACACUUCUGAUCUGGGAUUACUGGGCUGUUAUGAAGUGAAAAAGGGACGAACUACCUCCCGACAACUGAUUCACGCGCUGUGGUGUACGGCUAAACUUGAGUUUGGGAAUCAUUAUGGGAUGUCUGAAAUUACGGCACUACAUUACCAUUGCACAACAACACUGGACCAGUAGUCUAAUAGUGUUUUUUAGUCUUUUAUAUACUUUUAAAGUACAUUAUGCUUUUUUAUAUGAAGGAGGCGAUAGAGAGAACAAAUAUAUGAAUUUUUAUGUUUUUUUAUUUUUUGAGAAACAGAGAACUCUCUCUAUUAUAUUUUAGGGCUGACGGUGAUAGAUGAGAUUCCAGAGACCAAGUCUGAAUUAACACAAUAGGAAGAGGAACGACAGCUGUGUAAAUGAUGAGUAGAGCAGAAAAGCUAACACGUACGGCUCCUGUCAUUAUGAGUUGCUUUAUUUAUCUAUGUAAGGUGAUGUCUUUCUCUUAUUUUUAUGUUGGUGAAGAAGGGUUGCCAAAAUUAUUUUAAUUUAAUUAUCAAAAUGACAAAAA